AUGAAGUAUGAGAAGGUGGUAUUACCACUCAAGGUCAAUAAGAAUAAAGAGAAUGAUGACCUUGAAAUGAAGAAAAAUGAACUAAUCCCAACUGAGACAACGGUCAGUGGCUUUGUGGGAGAUACCAUAAGAUUAAAGGGAAUCAUCAUACUCCAAGUCAAAGUAGGGAAAAAGGUCAGGAAGAUAGCCUUCUUCAUGUGGAAACAACAGCUUACUUUAGUGCGUUGUUGGGUUGAGAUUGGAUCCAUAGAAGUAUGUGUGUCCCUUCCUUGCUUCAUCAAACGCUACAAUUUUGGCAUGAGGAUGGGAGCGUGGAACUGGUUUAGGUCAACUCACGGCCUUUCAUGGCUUCAGCCAACGUAG